AUGCUCACAGAUCUUCCUAGAGACGUGCUCGAGCGCAUUCUCAGCUUCGUACAAUACGCUAGCCCGCCAGCCCAAUUCGCCCGCCUCGCCCUCGCCACGCCUUCCCUCCACACCCUCGUUGACCAACUCCUCGUCCGCAACCUCGUCUUCUCGACGUCCGGCAGCGUGCAGGCAUUCUUAGCGAGGGUAGAGGCUGGAUCAAACGCAGCGAGCGACACGCGAACACUGGUGUUGCGGAAGAGCGAUGUCGAGGCGCAGUCGGGUCGAGGGACGAGGAGACGACGAGGCGAAGCGAACGAGUCCUGUUCUGAGGAGGACCUUCUGCGGCUGUGCUUGGCCUGCGUCGGGCUGGAGGAGCUCCGUCUCGAGGGACCGGCAUUCACGACACUGAAACGGCGCCAACUUGGCUUCGCCUCGAACCUUUCCUCCCUUCGCGUUCUCUCCAUCGCAGGCAGCCGCGCAGGCUUCAACUUGCACGCCAUCGGACAGAUCCUUCAGGACUUGCCGCAGCUUGAGGAGCUGGACCUCAAGCGGAUCCAGGCUUCCCCAGCGGCCUUGAAGGCGCCGCCUCGUCCACUUUGCCGCCUGAGGCGCUUCGCGCUGCACUCUUCGCCCGCCGUAUCGCCGCAGCAGCUCGAGUGGCUGCUCGGGGCUUCUAUCCAAGCCGACUCGCUGCGACAUCUCGACUUCGACAUCGCCGAGAUUCCACCAUCUCGUCUCGGCGGCUUGCGAUGGGCAGCGACGCCCGUUCGGUCCUUGCACUUGACUUCAAGCAACAUGCGUGCUGUCGAGAAGCUGGCUCAGCAUUUCCCUACCCUGUCGAGCUUCGCCUUCACGACCUCCGGCCAUCCCGACGCUUUCAUCCUGCUGUCGAGCUGCGGGACGAGCGCCACCUUCGAAGAGCUCGUCGACCGGUCCGACAGCAGAUGCGGCUUGCCACCGCUGGAGCUAGCGAGCGCCCUGCUGUACUUGCGGCGACAGGGGCAGCUGGCGUCUCUCCGGCGCGUCGUCCUCCCUUCCCACCGGCAAUUCGACCAAGCCUUUUCGGUUCUCGUCGAGGUCUGCGCGUCUCUCGGCAUGAGCUGCGACACCAUGCCCGUUGCAGCAUCCACGUCCGACUGA